AUGUGGGUGCUCGAGUGGGAGUCGGAGGGCGUGACGCUGCGCCUCGUGCAGGGCGAGUGGACGCUCGGGCGAAAGGGCAACGCGCUCAACUUCCCGAACGACUCGUCAAUCUCGCGCCAGCACGCCAAGCUCCACGUCGGCGGCCUCGAGCACCUCGACCGCAUCGCCGAGCUGCCCUCGUUCACGCUCGUCGACAGCAAGUCGCGCUUUGGCACGUUCGUCAACGGCGCGCAGAUCAAGGAAAACGUGCCCGUGGACCUGCGCGUCGGCGAUAAGAUCUCGUUCGGCGCCAAGAACACGGUGCUCGUCGUUGGCUACGUGCGCAUGGUCGCCCGCAUCUCGCGCAUACAAAAGACCAACCGUCGCCGACUCCUCGAGAACUGCAAACUCAUUGGCAUGCACGUCGUGGCGAAUCCAGUUCCCGAGAUCACGCACUGCCUCAUGGACGCCGGCAACUUUGUCGCGACCGAGAAGAUUCUCUGGGCGCUCGUCCAUGCGCAUCCCGUCGUGAGCUCGGACUGGGUCCAAGCUGUCGUUGCUCGUGAGUCCUUGUCCAGCGACCUCCCGCGCUACGAAGGCUUCCUCCCAAUCCAAGCUUCCCAGCAGGCCCAUGCAACGCCGUCCUACCUCCUCGACACGCGUCGCUGUUCGCUCUACAACGACUUUUUCGUUGUCUUUUUGGUGCCGACGUCCAUGGGUCCUCUUGUCCAAGCAAUGGGCGGGGUCGUCUACUUGGCGUACCUCGAGCCAAGCCUCGCGCACGACACCGAUCUCCUCGACGCCGUCGUAUCCACAAAGCGAACGCCGCUCAUCGUAUAUCCCGGAAAUGGCACGGAACUCACGCAGACGUCGGACGUCAUGUCGGCCUCCGUGCGCGACUGGGACCCUUCCGUACUCCGACGCCUCCAGCUACUGCGCCGCCGUGCGUUCGUCAUGCACCAUGAGCUCGUGGCGAGCAUUCUCUUUACGCGACCACCCCUGUACCUCUCGGACGACUCAUUCGACGCACUUUUGCAACAAGCCGCACCACCUCUCUCGUCAUUUGUACCCGAGACGACGACAAUGCCACCGAUCGUAGAGUCAUCAACACCUAUCGAGUUCAGCGCCGUAGCGAUCAAGCCCGCGACAGAGACUUUCCUCAGCGUCAAAAUGGAACCCGUGCCGAUGACUCAGUUGGCUGUCCCCGAGACCAAGCUACAAGCCGAAUCGGUACCCACGAAGCUUCCGCUCUGGAAAAAGCCAACGUUCAAGGCGCGCCAUGAAACACCGCCCGCCUCGCCCCUGCCAUCGACACCAAACAUCAAGGUGCAGCCACCCAGUCCCGAGCCGACGCCAGCUCCGCCGCGCUACGACGCAGACCCCGAGACGAAGGUCGCCGACGACGACGCUUUGCUGGACGAGAAGCCAACGACGUGGAUGCAAAAGAAGAAUGUCAAGACGCCUGUCGAGCGCGACGACGACGCGCCGCCACCAACAGUCGUCUCGAGUCAGCUCAUUGUGCGCAAAUCAGCACCAGCUGAACCACACGCGCGGUACUUGGUCCGCGAUGCCACGGCGCCGGUGCCCGGGGUACGCAACUUCAAGCGCUUCAAGAAAAACGCCGUGCCUCGCGCCAGCGCGCUCAUCACGCGCUACCAAAGCGAAGUACCUGUGGACCUCGAGCGCAAGCGCGCGUACGAGAAGCAGCAAGAGGAACUUGAGGCGCAAGAGCGCAUCGCCGAAGAGCUCUUUGAAAUGAACAUGCACCGCCAGCCCAAGCGCGCGAACCUUCGAUUCACGUAGGCUUGGAUCGUGUUAAGCGAGGGUAUUUAAUUGAAGAG